CAGGAUCCCAGGAUGCCAUUCGGCGGGUUUCCAAAGCCGCCGCUCGAGCUGGAGGAGAGUUUGACAGGAACUGCAGCCGGACGCCAACUUAACGCCGAUGGCAGCUCGCCGUCAGGACUAGAACUUCGGACCUUUUACCUUUCCGGGCAUCAGGCGUAUUAAAAAUCCAGCUUGAAAGAGAUAAUUGAUCGACUGCCUCUGUCCAUGUCGAAAAGAUUGAGGAGUAACGACAUCUGCGCCGACUGCAGCGUCUCCGAUCCUCGCUGGGCAUCAAUAAAUAGGGGUGUUCUGAUCUGUGAUGACUGCUGCAGUGUACACCGCAGUCUGGGCCGGCAUAUCUCUCAGGUACGACACCUGACACACACUCCUUGGCCUCCCACCCUGCUACAGAUGGUACAAACCCUUGUUAGCAAUGGUGCCAAUUCAAUCUGGGAGCAUUCGUUGCUGGAUCCUACGGCUGUAAUGAGUGGAAAGCGCAAGACCAGCCCUCAAGACAAAGUACACCCUAAUAAAGCAGAAUUUAUCAGAGCCAAAUAUUCGAUGUUGGCAUUCGUUCAUCGCUUGCCGUGUCGAGAAGAUGACAGUGUUGCAGCCAAAGACCUGAGCAAACAAUUGCAUUCAAGUGUGCGGACCGGGAACUUGGAGACCUGCUUGCGACUGCUCUCGUUAGGGGCCCAAGCUAAUUUCUUCCACCCUGAAAAAGGGAACACUCCUCUUCAUGUGGCAAGCAAAGGAGGACAAAUUCUACAGGCUGAGCUGUUGGCAGUAUAUGGUGCUGAUCCUGGUGCCCCUGAUACAAACGGCAAGACCCCAAGUGACAAUGCAAGGCAAGCAGGACAUCAUGAGCUAGCAGAGCGUUUAGUAGAGAUCCAAUAUGAACUCACUGACAGACUAGCCUUCUUUCUCUGUGGAAGGAAACCAGAUCACAAGAAUGGGCAGCACUUCAUAAUUCCACAGAUGGCAGAUAGCAGUUUAGAUUUGUCAGAACUAGCGAAAGCAGCAAAGAAAAAAUUGCAGUCGUUAAGUAAUCACUUAUUUGAGGAGCUAGCUAUGGAUGUAUAUGAUGAAGUAGAUCGAAGGGAGACUGAUGCAGUUUGGCUGACAACUCAGAACCACAGCACCCUGGUAACUGAGACAACAGUCAUUCCCUUCCUUCCUGUGAAUCCAGAGUACUCAUCAACUAGGAAUCAGGGAAGGCAGAAGCUGGCACGGUUUAAUGCUCAUGAAUUUGCCACCCUAGUCAUUGAUAUUUUAAGUGAUGCCAAAAGGAGACAACUAGGGAAUCCAAUCGCCAGCCCCAAAGAUAACGUAGAACUUGUACUGAAGAGCGUUAAUGAUCGUCAUGGCAGUGAGAGCCAUGACAACGAUCAGCCAGAUUAUGACAGUGUUGCUUCAGAUGAAGAUACGGACCAGGAACCAACAGUUAAAGCAAUCAGAGCAAAGAGCAUGGACUCUGACCUGUCAGACGGACCAAUUACAUUGCAGGAAUACAUGGAGGUGAAAAAUGCACUUAGCGCUUCUGAGGCAAAGAUACAGCAGCUAAUGAAAGUGAACAGCAACUUGAGUGACGAGCUGCGUUUGAUGCAAAAAAAACUUCAAACGCUGCAGAGUGAAAACACCACCCUCAGGCGGCAGGUCACUACGAAUAUCUAUCAAGUUCCCAACAGUUCAGAAUACCCAGGUCCCUCCAAUCCUUCGUCCUUAAAACGGCGCCCGUCUGCACGUGGCAGCCGGCCUAUGUCCAUGUAUGAGACUGGCUCUGGUCAGAAACCCUAUCUCCCAAUUGGGGACGUCACAUACCCAGAGGACAGUAUUGCAGGACUUCAACCCUUCCCUCAACACGUAAGUAAAUCGCCGUCAGCUCUGAUUGGGAGGAGUGCCUUUGUGACCUCCUCUUCAUCUUUACCUUCCUUCCCUUCCACGCUUUCCUGGUCCCGGGAUGAGAACACCCGAAGGGCAUCAAAGCUCGAGAAACAGAACAGCAUGCCGGACAGUGACUACGAUAACACAGCAACCGACUUGGAACCAGAUGAGGCUGGCUCUUGCCGAAAGGGUAAGCUAAAAAGCAUAGGACGGCAUGAAGAGAACCUUAUGCUGGAGCUAGACAAUCCAGAUGCAGAACCAGACUCCACACUCCCAAGCACGGAGGAUGUAAUUCGGAAAACAGAACAAAUCACCAAAAACAUUCAGGAACUGCUGCGAGCUGCACAGGAAAACAAGCAUGACAGCUUUAUGCCCUGCUCGGAAAGGAUACAUGUUGCUGUAGCUGAGAUGGCAGCUCUUUUCCCAAAGAAACCUCGUUCAGAGAUGGUUCGGGCUUCACUGAGGCUAUUAACUUCUAGCGCAUACAGACUCCAGUCAGAAUGCAAGAAAGCACUGCCUGCAGAGCCCAGUCCCGUAACUGACAUCCAACUGGUGACACAGCAAGUGAUCCAGUGUGCAUAUGAUAUUGCCAAGGCAGCCAAACAACUUGUUACUAUAACAACAAAAGAAAACAAUAACUAAUUAGUUUUUUCCUUUUUUAUUUACAACAUUUUUUUUAUAUAAAAGAAAACUGUUCUGGAUAUGUACCAGCAUUGCUCUGGGCUUUCUGUCAGUAUUAUGUUUGCAUGCUUUUUAAUAACGUUAUUUACAAUUUUUGAAUAUUAAAAUAAUCUUCCUUCUGCCUAUAUGUUUGCAGCAGAGUUAUAUUAUUUUUUCUGGGUGCUAUUUUCAUUGUUUGACCUCAACACCCGCUGGCAAGAUAUUGCUCUCUGGGAGUUAAAGCAGGCAGACAACAACUGGUUAGAAUUGUGCAUAUAACUGAAGUGUAGUGAUAAGAGCAGAAAUAUGUAGAAACUUAAACUUCAUUUCUUCCGCCAUUAUAAAGGUCAGCAGUAUUUCCUAAAUAAUGCAAAGUCAGGGGAAAUAUUGUUUAAAGUUGUUGCAUUGGCUGUGGGGGAGGCGGUGGAGAAAGGAGUUUUUUUAUUCACCAAAGCUAUAAAUAAGAUUUUAAUUAUUGAGAAAACUUGUUAAUGGUACAAGACCCUUAGUGAGGGAAAUAAACUCAAGUUGCAAUGGAUAUGGUAAAGGGCAGGGAAAAUCAGUACGUAUUGGAUAGGUGAUGUCAAACUUGGGUUUAGAAAGUCUUCAGAUUGUAUAAAGGAGAGGGAUUAAAAUCGGGUAUUAGGCUGCAGUUGAAGGGCUGCAAUGCUAAAACUACCUGCGGUUAUGAAAGUGACCAGAAAUUUUAGCUGAAACCAAAAGACUGAAAGGUAUUGCUGAGCACUUGUUUUUUUUAAUCGAAUGGAGAAACUUGAAAUGAGUGUUACCUGAAGUGGAAAUAAAACUGCAGGACUAUGGGGAAAAAACCAAGGGAGUGGGACUAAUUAGGUAGCCCUUUCAAAGAGCCAGCACAGAUACAAUGGGCUGAAUUGUACGGCACAGAAGCAGACCAUUCAAAAAGUUAUGAAAUAUUUACAGAGAAUAGGUCCAUAUUUACUUAGCUUUAGUAAGUGAGCCACAUCAAAGUUUUUAAAAAGUCACGUACUUUGCUCUGUCAGCAGGAAAUUGUCUGAGUUCUUUAUAAUGGCAUACUGUUUUUAGUUUUUCUUAGUGCUUCAAAAGAGCAUUAGAAUUUCUUAAAUAAUAGCUAAUGAAUUCUCUUGUACGUAAAUAGUUUUAACCAAGCUCCUUCGUUCAGCCACAUGCACAAAUUUUAAACCAGGGGCUGUAUAAAUCAGUAAAAUCAGAUUGGUCAAAGUGUAAUUGAUUUAAAAGCUGUACUAAUCAUUGUUUUAUGCAAAUUGCAUCUCAAUAUUACAGCUUGUGAGCUACAUGACUGACAGCAUUGUAUUUAUGCAAUGUGUAACCAACCCUUAAGAUUAAUUAUGCUUUUUCUGUGGAAGGUAUUUUGCAUUUUCAUGUCUUGCUCGUGUAUGCAGAAGCUAUUUAUCAUCAAUCCUUAGCCUGUUGUUGUACAGCAUUUUUGGUCAGUUAAUUCUAAGGAAGAUCAUCUACUUUUCAUCGCUAAACCUUUAAUGUUAACAAAUUUGUGAAAUGGUCAGCAAAUUGUAGUGAAACUUAUAAUCUAAUACUUUUUGCAUUAAAUUCCCAUUUCUGUGAAACUGUCUCUCUCAGUCAGCUGCAGUGUUUAGAACCCUUCAGGCAUGGGUUUUUAACCUGUUGAUGUAGAACCCAUAACAGAUGAGACUAGCACAACCUCGUUUGGCCUGGUGCAGCUAUGACUUCCAAUUCUCCUUGAUGGCAAGUGAAUUAGCAGAUGGAGGAAUGGUGAAGUUACCAAAUUUUUAUGCAAGUGAUUUUGAAAUGGUUAAACUGGGCAUCCCAGUCAACUUUGUAUUGAUGAUUGAAUCACACCUAGACUAAUGCAAUGCAAAAUAUGGUGUGGAUUUGAACUGGCAGGACCAGUCCAGAAGUGCACUUCCUGCCAGCAACUCAGAGUGUCAUUGCUAGCAGCUAUGAGGGGGUGGGGGGGAGGUGGUCAGGGUGGGAAACUUCCCAGGUCAUUAUAGUCGUUUGUAAAGGAGAAAAUGUAGAGAGAGAAAGUAAUAAAAACAGUUAAUGAAGAAGGGGUUAAUCACGAUUGCUUCAAUUUUUUCCUGAGCAUAGUGAUGGCAGAGUCGAUGUUUAUGAACUUCUGGUUAGGUUCUAAGUGGGAGAAUGGAAAAGUCAGUAAGAUGAUGUAGAUCGGUUAGUAGUUGUUAUUGAGGCAAGUGGAUUAGUAUAUUCUUGCAGGUUGUACUCAGGACCUUUUUAUUUUGAACAUGAAAAAUGAAGGGAAAGAUUAUUUUCAGGUGAGGGUGGGUUUUGUGGUACUGUAUUGCAAUAUGAAUUAGUAAUUAAAUGUUCCUUAUAAAUGACUACACAGGAAUUGGCACCACCAAACUACAGCAUGAAAUCUAGGCACCAAUGUAGUUCUGGGAUGAAAUUUGAUAGAUUAGUUCCAGUGCAAGUCUCUUCUCUGUUCUAGAAACUAGCAGCCUUUGAAUGGGGGCUGGGGGUAUAUUAAGAGUUUUUUUUCACUUUUCUGUCCCAGAAUGAAUGAAUCCCCUACAUACCUUUGCACUGUAACUGUCAUGUGGCUCUUCCUAUGUAAUAUUUGUGUCACUUUCAGCAGCUAAUGGUAUUUCAAAACCAACUAAGCAUGGAAUCGUGUACAGUUUGUAAUGAUGUGUUUAUUCUUUAUUAAAUACAUUACAUGAUGUA